ACCGUCGGUCCCCGUCGGGUUUCGGGGGCCCCCGAUCGGCUCGUGGCACGGCUAUGGCGGGCGCCAGGCCCGGCGUCCACGCGCUGCAACUGGAGCCGCCCACGGUGGUGGAGACCCUGCGGCGCGGGAGUAAGUUCAUCAAAUGGGACGAGGAGACCUCUAGUCGGAACCUGGUGACCCUGCGUGUGGACCCCAAUGGCUUCUUCUUGUACUGGACAGGACCCAACAUGGAAGUGGACACACUGGACAUCAGCUCCAUCAGGGACACGCGGACAGGACGUUAUUCCCGCCUGCCCAAGGACCCCAAGAUCCGGGAAGUGCUCGGCUUUGGGGGCCCCGAUGCCCGGCUGGAGGAGAAGCUAAUGACAGUGGUGGCUGGGCCAGACCCAGUAAAUACCAUGUUCUUGAACUUCAUGGCGGUGCAGGACGACACUGUCAAGGUCUGGUCUGAGGAGCUGUUCAAGCUGGCUAUGAACAUUCUGGCUCAGAAUGCUUCCCGGAACACCUUCCUGCGAAAAGCAUACACAAAACUGAAGCUGCAGGUGAACCAGGAUGGACGGAUUCCCGUUAAGAACAUCCUGAAGAUGUUCUCAGCAGACAAGAAGCGGGUGGAGACAGCGCUGGAGUCCUGCGGCCUCAAUUUCAACCGGAGUGAGUCCAUCCGGCCUGAUGAAUUUUCUCUGGAAAUCUUCGAGCGGUUCCUGAACAAGCUGUGUCUGCGGCCAGACAUUGACAAGAUCCUGCUGGAGAUAGGCGCCAAGGGGAAGCCAUACCUGACGCUGGAGCAGCUCAUGGACUUCAUCAACCAAAAGCAAAGGGAUCCGAGACUCAAUGAAGUGCUGUACCCACCCCUGCGGCCCUCCCAGGCCCGGCUGCUCAUUGAGAAGUAUGAGCCUAACCAGCAGUUCCUGGAGCGAGACCAGAUGUCCAUGGAGGGCUUCAGCCGCUACCUAGGCGGGGAGGAGAAUGGCAUCCUGCCCCUGGAAGCACUGGAUCUGAGCAUGGACAUGACCCAGCCCCUGAGCGCCUACUUCAUCAAUUCCUCACACAACACCUACCUCACAGCGGGGCAGCUGGCUGGGACAUCGUCAGUGGAGAUGUAUCGCCAAGCACUGCUGUGGGGCUGCCGCUGUGUGGAGCUGGACGUGUGGAAGGGGCGGCCACCCGAGGAGGAGCCCUUCAUCACCCACGGCUUCACCAUGACCACCGAGGUGCCGCUGCGUGACGUGCUUGAGGCCAUUGCUGAGAGUGCCUUCAAGACCUCACCCUACCCUGUCAUCCUGUCCUUCGAGAACCAUGUGGACUCGGCUAAGCAGCAGGCCAAGAUGGCUGAGUACUGCCGCUCCAUCUUUGGGGAUGCGCUGCUCAUUGACCCACUGGAUAAGUACCCGCUGGCUGCGGGCACCCCCCUACCCAGUCCCCAGGAGCUGAUGGGCCGUAUCCUGGUGAAGAACAAGAAGCGGCAUCGGCCCAGCGCGGGCCUGCCUGACAGCUCCGUACGCAAGCGGCCGCUGGAGCAGAGCAACUCAGCCCUGAGCGAGAGCUCCGCUGCCACCGAGCCCUCUUCUCCUCAGCUGGGGUCCCCCAGCUCUGACAGCUGCCCAGGCCUGAGCAAUGGGGAGGAGGUGGGCCUUGAGAAGCCCCGCCUGGAGCCCCAGAAGUCUUUAGGUGAGGAGAGCCUGAACCGGGGCUCUGAUGUUCUUGGGCCUGGUGACCGUGAGGAGGAGGAGGAGGAUGAGGAGGAGGAAGAAACGACAGACCCCAAAAAGCCAACUACAGAUGAGGGCACGGCCAGCAGUGAGGUCAACGCCACUGAGGAGAUGUCAACUCUUGUCAACUACAUCGAGCCCGUCAAGUUCAAGUCCUUUGAGGCUGCUCGCAAAAGGAACAAGUGCUUCGAGAUGUCCUCCUUUGUGGAGACCAAAGCCAUGGAGCAGCUGACCAAGAGCCCCAUGGAGUUUGUGGAAUACAACAAGCAGCAGCUCAGCCGCAUCUACCCCAAGGGCACCCGUGUGGACUCCUCCAACUACAUGCCCCAGCUCUUCUGGAAUGUGGGCUGCCAGCUCGUGGCCCUCAACUUCCAGACCCUGGACUUGCCAAUGCAGCUCAACGCGGGUGUGUUUGAGUACAAUGGGCGCAGUGGGUACCUGCUCAAGCCCGAGUUCAUGCGGCGGCCAGACAAAUCCUUCGACCCCUUCACAGAAGUUAUCGUGGACGGCAUUGUAGCCAAUGCCUUGCGGGUCAAGGUGAUCUCGGGGCAGUUCCUGUCUGACAGGAAGGUGGGCAUCUAUGUGGAGGUGGACAUGUUCGGACUUCCUAUUGAUACACGGCGUAAAUACCGCACUCGGACAUCUCAGGGAAACUCCUUCAACCCUGUCUGGGACGAGGAGAUCUUUGAGUUCCCCAAGGUGGUGCUACCCACCCUGGCUUCACUUCGCAUUGCGGCCUUUGAGGAGGGCGGCAAAUUCGUGGGGCACCGGAUCCUGCCUGUCUCUGCUAUCCGCUCAGGGUACCACUAUGUCUGCUUGCGGAAUGAGGCCAACCAGCCAUUGUGCCUGCCAGCCCUGCUCAUCUACACGGAGGCCUCGGACUACAUUCCGGGUGACCGCCAGGACUAUGCAGAGGCCCUGAUCAACCCCAUCAAGCACGUCAGCCUGAUGGACCAGCGGGCCAAGCAGCUGGCUGCCCUCAUUGGGGAGAGUGAGGCUCAGGGUGGCACAGAGGCAUGUCAGGAGGCCCAGUCCCAGCAGCUGGGCUCCCAGCUACCCUCAAAUCCUACACCUAAUCCGCUGGACACCUCUCCACGCCGGCCCCCUGGAUCGGCCACUUCUCCCACAAGCACCUCCCUCAGCAGCCCAGGGCAGCGGGAUGAUCUCAUUGCCAGCAUCCUCUCAGAGGUGGCUCCCACACCCCUGGAUGAGCUGCGAGGCCACAAGGCUUUGUCGAAGCUCCGGAAGGGGCAAGAGCGAGAGUUGAGGGAGCUGUGCAAGAAGCAUCAGCGGAAGGCCAUCGCCCUGACCCGCCGCCUGCUCCAGGCCCUGAACCAGGCCCAGAACGCGCCUGGGGUCCUGGGCGGGGCCGCUGACUCAGAAGACAUGAAGGAGGAGGAAGAGGCAAAGCGGUACCGAGAGUUCCAGAACAGGCAGGUGCAGAGCCUGCUGGAGCUAAGGGAGGCCCAGGCGGAUGUGGAGGCUGAGCGGAGGCUGGAACACCUGAGACAGACUCAGCAGCGGCUCAGAGAGAUCGUCCUGGAAGCACACACAACUCAGUUCAAGAGGCUGAAGGAGAUGAAUGACAGAGAGAAGAAGGAGCUGCAGAAGAUCCUGGACAGGAAGCGCCACAACAGUAUCUCAGAAGCCAAGACGAGGGAGAAACAUAAGAAGGAGGCGGAACUGACGGAGAUUAAUCGGCGGCACAUCACUGAGUCGGUCAACGCCAUCCGUCGGCUGGAGGAGGCCCAGAAGCAGCGGCAUGACCGGCUGGUGGCUGGGCAGCAGCAGGUCCUACAGCAGCUGGCAGAAGAGGAGCCCAAACUGCUGGCCCAGCUGACCCAGGAGUGUCAGGAGCAGCGGGCGAGGCUGCCCCAGGAGAUCCGCCGGAGCCUGCUGGGCGAGACGCCUGAGGGGCUGGCGGAUGGGCCCCUAGUGGCCUGUGCCAGCAAUGGUCAUGCAGCCGGGAGCAGCGGGCACCUGUCUGGCGCUGACUCGGAGAGCCAGGAGGAGAACACGCAGCUCUGAACUGGCUGCUCAAGAGGUGGCCACAGAGCCAGGGUGGGCACUGGUCAGAGGGCGGCAGAAGACACUAAUGCUUUUUUUUUUUUUUAACUUUUGACCUUUAGAAAUUUUAUUUUUUUAAACCUGGGGCAAUGCCCCAUUAACUCCCUUCAUCUUCCUGGGGCCUCCUUACCUCCUUCCUAACCUCAGUCCUAGGGAAGGGCCUGGACCAGGCCUCACCCCCCAUGAUACCCACAUCCCAGAAUGCCGUUGUUUCCUUCACUUCCCAAGGAAUACUGGGUGGAGACUUGGAGCUCUGCGAAGUCUGGGUCACAUUCUCUCUGUUGGUUUUUUUUUGUUUGUUUGUUUUUUGUUUUUACAUGAAUAAAAGUGGAUUUCAGGGACCCUG